AUGAGGCCGCAAGUGCAGGUUCUUAUUGAAGAUAAUAACUAUGAACCUCAGAACGCCCGCAACAGGUAUUCGUACCUAAACACACCAGCAGAGCUCCAUGCGCCGACAUUUCCUCAACAGAACAAACAGCAGAGACAUCCCUCGCUGCCUGCGAAUGCGGCAGAGCCUCCGCCUCCGCCGCCUCUCGAUCACUACUCUCAUCCUCGUCCAUCCUCUUAUAUGCCGACGAUCAUGCAUCAAGAUGCUUCUGAGAAAUCUAUGUCCCUCCACCAUCACCCACAAAACGCUCCGCCAUUAUCAGAACACCCUGCUCAGUUUGCUCCAUACGCAGAUAGUCCAACAGAGAAUACCACAAAUGCACCACACGACUCAAAACUAUCUCCGUUUCCCCAGUCACCCCCCAGGAUAGCCAUCCCACCUUCUCACGACCAAUUCGCAAACAAGGCCCCUUCAGCCGCACAGGAACAAGAACGGCGGGAAAAGAUCCUGGCUAUCGUGCCCGACAGUAACCCACUAGAAUCACACACUCCUCCCACCAAAUACAAACCUCAAGCCAUCAAACCUGCUUACAUGACCCCAAUUACUAUACCUGACACUCACCAUUUGAGCCAUUUUCCUGGCCAGGUGGCACAUCCAAAUCAACGAUUGCAAGGAGAUACGUGGAACCAUGGGCUGUGCGACUGCUCGGAUAUUGGCACCUGCUGUUUGGGACUCUUUUGGCUAUUAGCAACAAUUCAGCAUUCCCGCACACGUCGUGCGUACGGUAUACCUGGCAGCAUUCCCUCAGAUUGCGUUCGAGCGACAUGUUGCACAUGCUGCACCCUCAUCCAGGACGAGAAAGAGAUAAAAACUCGAGAAGAGGGCGCCCGACAGACUGUGUCAACCCCAUACCUUCCGCCCAGCCAUAUGACUUUCAGUCCACCACUACGGUGA